CUUUAUCUUUGUAUUACCGAAAUUGAAAGAGAGUGUACAAGUUAAGAGAGUGAUCAAGUUUGACAAGUAAGAAAGAAACCUGUCUUGAAAAGAAGAAGAAGAAGAAGAAGAAGAAGAAGAAAAAGUUUCGGUUGCAAAGAGAUAAGACAUCUGGUCGAACAUACUAUCAAGUUUUUAACAUGAACAGAGACUAUGUAAUAACUUGGCCAUGACAUCGGAUGAUUAACGAUGUAUCACAAACUUAGCAAGGAUAUUGACAAGAAGAAGAAGAAGAAGGCUUGACGGAUUAUGACAGUAACUGAGAUUACCGAUUUUACGAACGAAUUCAGAUGAAAAUGAAUGAUAAUCGUACUCGAUCGUAAAAGGAAAAGCCGACGGUGGAAAUAUUUUUGAAGAAUUUCUUAGAAAUUCUUUUCGCAAAGAGGGGAGAAAGAAGGUGUUAAGGAUCUCGAGACAAUAGAAACCGGUAGCAAAGGAAGAAAAGAAAAAAGGACGAAGAUUUAAGAAGAUUCGACGAAACAUUCGCGUUGAACUCGAGGGAUUCAAGAAGGAAGAAGAACAAGAAAAAGAUGUGUGGAUCGAUAAAUCUUCAGUUCGUUUCUCUUAAACGGAGAACGAAAAGGACAAUGAGAGAAAAUUACUGCACAAGGAUAAGUGUGAGAACGAUGAGAGAGGACAUACGUAUCUUUAAUCUUCUUCUUCAAGAUUUUGAUUUAUAACAGACUAGACACACGGCUCUCUGAUUAUCUUUUGUAUUAGCAUCUAUUUGCUAAUAAAGAUCUAACAUAUUCAUCUUGGAGUAGAUUAGAAUGAUAAAGAACAAAGAAGACAUAGAUAAUCUCGAAAUAUUUAUCGAUAGAGUUCUCGAAAGUGUGUUGAAAAAAGAAUGUAAAAAAAAAAAAGAAAAGAUUAUGUUUCUUUUUUCUCCAAGCGAUAAUUCUUGAUCGAAGAUCGUUUUUAAUUAAGUAACUUGACAGAUAAACCAGAGCAAUAGUCUUUUGGCACGCGAACGAAAAGAGGCUACCGACCUUGCUACAGCAACAGUUCAAACUGAUGAUUCUCUUUUCCAUUUGGAAUCAUCCUCUUCUUCUUCCUCUUCUUCUUCUGCCUCUUUUUCCUUCUCUUCUUUUAUCUUUCCUCUGAUCCUGUUCGUUCUUUUUUUUUUUUUGUUUCUAAAAGGAGCUUAGUCACGAGAGACUAAACCUUUCUCUCGAGUAUUUAACCUGGACAAAUAAAUACUCGUGAAGAUCCUGUUAAGUUAGCAAACACUUGAGAAAUGCCAAAUGUGUUGCUGUUUAAGAAGUUUCACACUUUCGCCCUCUUUCGUCGAGUGAAAUACAUCAUCGUCUUUGUUUGAAGAUCGCCAUGAUCUUCUUCUUGAUGUCCUUCGAUCAUCGACUUUGAAUGGAUCUUUGGAAAACGAAAAAUCCACGAAGAUUUUGUUCUCUCCCUCCCUCUUUUCUCUCUCUCUCUCUCUCUCUCUCUCUCUUUUAUAUAUAUAUAUAUAUUUAUUUGAGAUAUAUGUGAAAGAUUGGAAAAAACUUUUCUUGUGUGAAGAAAUAAUCAAUCGUGAGAAUAUUGAAUGUACUUAAUUGAGAGGAGAAACAUUUUUGGGAUCCGUUGGAACAUCCGAUUUGAGUGAUCGAGCAAUCGUGAAAAUUGAUCGUGCUCUUAUCCGUUCGAUGAAUUCUAGAUAAAACAAAGUGAUUGUGAUGUAAGAGAUGCGUCGUGGUGACGUCGCGGCAACCGCGAUAGCCCUUCUAAUUCUUGGGCAAAUCCAGGAGCCACGGCAAACAAGGGUGGUCGGAGCGGUGGUCGUCGGCGCAGCCGUUUGUGGGCGAAUUCCGGGAUUGGCUAAGAGUCAAAGAGAACAGUGCAGAAAGGCGCCACACGCGAUGCCUGCUGUCGGUGAGGGUGCCGAGCUCGGUCUUCGAGAAUGCCGACAUCAGUUUAGACAUCAUCGAUGGAACUGUUCUCACGUUGCCAACGAUCAGAUCUUUGGUCAUGUCGUCGUAGUAGGAAGCAGAGAAGCAGCUUUCACGUACGCGAUAAGCUCGGCUGGAGUUACAUACGCGGUAACCGCAGCUUGCAGUCGCGGCAAUAUCACGGCUUGCGGUUGCGAACCGGCUAUAAGCAGGACGAGAAAGGAAUUACCUCCGAAUGGUUGGGAAUGGGGAGGUUGCAGUGCAGAUGUCACUUAUGGAAUGAGGUUCGCACGUAGGUUCCUAGAUGCAAGAGAGAUCGAAGGCGAUGCCAGAAGUCUGAUGAAUCUUCAUAACAAUAAAGCUGGAAGAAAAAUCGUGAAAGCUCUUCUUCAAACAGAAUGUAAAUGUCACGGGGUAUCUGGUUCCUGUACCGUGAAAACUUGUUGGAGAACAUUGCCCAGUUUUCGUCAGAUCGGUGACGCUCUUAUGAAAAAGUAUUAUCGAGCUAAGGCGGUCGUUGCUAUCACGCCUCCACCACCGCCCACAAUCCAAAGUUCUGAGAGCAUAUCACACUCAACUACAGCAGAAAUAACGCCCAUUCUCGGUAACGAUGCAAAAACUCAAGGGAAACCAAAUGAUUUUAUAAAAUCUCAUCGUGAUCGACAAGCCUCAAAAAAGAUGAACAACGGUGUUAAACCGAGGAGAGCACACUUGGUAUUAAAAAGAAGUAAAGUUAGUACCGGCGGAAGUAUGAUGGGAUCGAAAAGAAUUCCUAAAAGAAGCGAACUGGUCUUUCUUCAAUCCUCGCCGAAUUAUUGCGAGCCGGAUUUGGCUUUGGGUAGUUUGGGUACACAAGGCAGAUAUUGUAAUCGAACGAGUAAAGGUACCGAUGGAUGUGAUUUGAUGUGUUGUGGUCGUGGUUAUAACACACAUCAAUUUACUAGAACUUGGCAGUGUAGAUGUAAAUUUCAUUGGUGCUGUCAUGUGCAUUGUGACACGUGUACCGAACGUACGGAAGAAUACACUUGCAAAUGAUGUAAAUAUUUACUUUUCGAGAGAAAAUUUUCUUUGUGUAAGUGUGUUGCAGAAAAAUAUUGGACAUAUAUCGACUGAUCGAUGAUAUUAUUUUUUAUUAUCGUUCAGCUAAUCUCUCUGAUACAUGAUAUAGCCUAAUCAUUGAAAUCCUCGCAGAAAAAAAGUAUACAAGUGAGAUUUACAUGUAUAGGUACAUUAACUAAAUAUUAGUUUAAGAAAAUUUACAAAAAGAUUUACUGAUGAAGUAGAACUUAGUUCACUAGCAUUAUGUGGUUGUACCUUCUCAAACUCAAUCUUAGAACAAUAUCACAUCAACUUGUUGCACUAUAAUUGAGCUCAGAAAUGUUGCAAUUCAAAAUGUUAUUAUAUUAGGAAUGAAAAUUAGACAUCUCUCUCUCUUUUUUUUUUUUCUCUUACUCUUAGAUAUGUUGCAUAAAUUAUUAUUUAUUUUUUAUUAUAAAUAGACUAUACUCGUGUGUUGUGUGUUGCUGCGUGUGCAUGAGUGUAAAACUAUAUGUGUACAUACAUUUAUAGUUGAUGUAUUUACCAAUUACUAAAUUUCUCUGCGUAUUUCUGACACACAGACAUUGUUAUAUGAUUUUAUUGAAGCUUUCACCGUGAUUGUAAAACGUCAAGAAAUUCAAUAAACUAAUAAAUCUAAGUAGAUACAUCAGGUA